CUCCAUCCACCCUUCAUUGCCAAAUGCACCGAACUGUCCAACAUCGUCAGUCUCGCCCAGAACUUUGCCCUGCUCUGUGAUUCAUACCGUUUUCAAGUAAAUGGAUUGUGGUCCUACGAUAUUAAUACUCAACGUCCACCAGAAAGGUAUACCCCUGUUAUACCAAGCACUUCGGUACUUAUCAAGAUCAAAAUGUCCAUAUCGGCUUGCAUUCAAUACAGCUUUUAUAUAUAUCGAUGGCAGUUGAUAUACGCCGCAGUCUUCGUUGACAUGCUUCGUUGUAUCAUUUACCCCGCCUCCUGCAAACAGCCUCCGUCCAUGGCACACAUUCUUUGUUAUGGCGAGCUGCAUAGGGUAGGAGUAAAGGGAACCCAUCCAGUAGUUCCACCGUCACUCCAUAGGAAUUCACUCGUUUUUGAUAGGUAAUCUCCAUCUAGCUUCGACUUUUCGUCUCUUCUCUAUUUUCCUUUCAACGCUCCAUCAUAACUAGCUUCGGUGGCUCGGAGUGUAUACGAAUCUCGAGGAGCACGACACUGAGUCUUUAUUUCCUCCCGGUUCAUCCUCGCAUUGUUGCACACUGUCCGCGGGCAUCACUAUGAAUACUGACAACGAACGACUACACUGUCACAAGCCGAAUUGCGGCUGGCUUGCCUUACCUCGACUUACUGGAAUAGACCCACCACAACUGACAGCAAACCCUGAAUUAUCUGGCAUUGGCGUUAUCUUAGGGUUCUCCAUUACCGCCUACAUCACUGUCGCCCUCUUGAUAUUCCAUUACAUCACAGUAUACGAUCCCUGUCACCUCAACGGUGAUGCCCGAGAGAAUACCAACCCCGUCGAUCAGGUCACGACUGAUUUCGCUCGGAGAUAUAUAAUAUCAUGGAAGCCUACGCGACGAUUUGAAUAUGCCAUGGAGAAGUCGGUGCUACUUCUCAGCGACACCCAGCUCGUUACUGGGCUGGCGAUUCUUAUUGCCGGCUUCUCCCAGUUGACCUGCGGUAUCUCAGCAUACCACUGGCAGAUCAUCGUAUACAUUGCUUGGUUUUCGUCAUUCACCUUCCUUGCCGCCGUAGCAUUUCUCGAGAGCUACCUCCGCGCAAAUAGAACUCUGCGCAUGAUACGCGUAUUCCUCAUGUGUGCUCUUGCGGGACUCCAAAUUGCUGCACUGCUCCCUACAGGCAGCAAAAAUUGGCUAGAUGUAUACGGACAAGCGGGCGACUUCUACCCUAGCUUGAGUGCUCAAUGCUACUAUAAGCAAUUGGUUUCCUCUUCUUUUGCUCAAAGAGGUCCUCGCAUCUGGUCGAUGGUGGUUUCCGUGUUGGUAGUCGGUUUGUCAUAUGUCCGCUGUGGCAUGAGGCUUUUCGACCCUCCAGCCACCCUUAGCCAGAAGUGCUUGCAGGCAGGUAUAGGGAGAUGCUAUAGGCGUGUUCUGUAUGUCCUCGAGAGGAAAGCCAAUCAAUCAGGCUUACGAGCGGCUCCUUGGAUGAUACCUUACCUGGCAUUCUACGCAAUUCUUUGCAACGUCAGCGCAAUAGUAGAUGUGGCGCAAUCUAUGCUUGGGGAGAUAUUAUGGCUCGCAGGCGCAAUUGCUUGGGGGAGCAUCAAACUCUGGCGGACACGUUUACUGGUUCAGAUCAAUUUCGACAUUUCCACUGCUAAUACCGUCACAUUCCAUGAUAGGCUGAUCGCAGAAGAUACUUGGUCAUUCGGACAGACUCUACCCAUCAUUCUGUUACUGCUUCCCAUCAUGUCUAUGGUGCAAUCUUACUUAGACAAUGAUGCAAAAGCGCAACAGGCACCUCGUACCAUCCCACAAGGGACUGUUCCAAUCUCGAGUAAAUCGACAACGAACACAUCUACGACUGGGUUGUCCACUGUCCGUGUCGACUCCAGUCAGUCCCAUGGUUCCACUUCCAAUGACCGGAAUCGUUCGCAUCCGUCUCCAAGUCCACCCAAACCCCCCUCAGUCAACCCAGACCUAACAAUACCAAUAUCACCAGCGACUCGACAGACAUCUAUAUCCUUCUCAAUACCCAAACACCCCUCCAUACUCCCUCGACUUCCACGCUACCCUUACCAGUCCUUCGCCACGUACGCAUGGUACAAAGACCACAUCUAUCUUCAGAUAUGGCAAACCAUCAUGCUCGCAACUUACAUCCUCAUCAUCCAAGACAUAACUAUCAACAUCUUGGGUGUGUCCUUCCUCCUCCGUUCGCACGUUUUCCUGCUCUGGGUCUUCGUUUGCAUACCGCUCGCUUCCUUUUUGCAUCUCUUUUGCUGGUACCUCGCCGCUGCCAUAAUGCUUCAUGUCCAUGGAGGAGCGGAGGACUGGCUCAACGGCGCGGGGGAUUUCGCGUAUAAAGGAGAAAGCAGGUUGUGGGGAGCGAGGAUCACUGCGGGGGAGUGGACGGCCUGGGCACUGAAGACGGCUUUGAAGGCUGGCUUGUUAGUUUUUACGUUUUUGGUUUCGCAGGAGUUGGCUGGGCCGAAUAGACUAGAGUUCGAUCUAUGA